AUGCCUUUCUCUGGAGGGCCCUGGGCAGCCGUCGCUGUGCUCUUCUUCACCACUGCGCUCCAGUAUUCCUGCUCAGCAGCAGCUGAAGACAUCUCCAAUGUUUCAACAAGCUCCAUGCUCACGACUGAGUACGAAGCACCAUGCCUUAACGUGAACUUCUGCAGGCAAGCGGCCACGUGCUGCCCCACAGGCAUGGAUGAUUAUGGGUGGAUUGCGGCGGCCGUCGGCUGGAGCCUCUGGUUUCUGACUCUCAUCCUGCUCUGUGUGGACAAGGUCAUGAAACUCCGGCCUGACGAACCCAAAUAUUUGGUGGCCUGA